ACUCUACAAAUAACAGGAAAACCCAAAAAAAAACAAAAAAAAACACGUAUACGCAGCAGCACUCUCUCUGCCCCCCCUGGAAACUUCUGAAACUCACCCGACUCCGCCGCGUAUCGGGUGUUCAAUCUCCACAGUCUGAUCACGAGAUUGAAGUUUAUAAAGAAUAAUAUAUACAGUUUAUAAAUUAUAUUUUUGAUGGGUCAUUGAUAAAGUUUCAAUGAGGGUUUGAUUUAAUAACUUUAAAGUUGCGUUUGGGUGAUUUUCCCUGCGGGUUUUGGUGGGUUUUUGUUUUUUUGAGUAUUUUUUUGGUGGGUGCCUUCUUGAUUUUCCUGGUCAUGUAGGGUUUUUUGGAUAGGAUUUUUUUUUUUUAUAUAUUAUUUUUUAAUUUUGGAUGGUAACAAUGAAAGAGAAUUUUGAGCUUGAAGAAGGAGAGGCUCACUAUUGCAAGGGUGAUGAAGGAGACAUUAACCCUGACACUGAUUUCUCUUACAUUGAUGAGAAAGUUCACAAUGUUCUGGGGCAUCAUCUAAAAGCUUUUGGUGGUGCAGUUGCUGUAGAUAAUUUAGGGGCUAAAUUCAAUCCAUAUGGCACAUUUUUACCUACAUAUGAACGGUUACCCUUGACUCCACAGAGAGACUCUGCUGCACUAAGAUCCUGGUAUAAUUUAUCCAUGGAGAGUGCCUCUCAAGAUUUAAAGCCCACCUCAAAUGCGCCCCCCUCUGCAAGAGUUGCCAUUGCUUCCUGCAGUGACCACUCAUUGCAGAACUCAGGGAUGCUACCUGGAGGUGUUUCUGUGAAGCAUCACUCGCCCAUAUCUUCUCAAGUUGCUGAAAAGUUCAAGUUGAAGGAUGGAAGUCCAAACAAAUCAGAGAAUCUGGCCAACCAAAGACCACUGAGAGUUCGAAUAAAAGUGAGUUUUGAUAAAAUGGCUCACAAAAGUGCCACACUAUAUGGCAGUCUUGGGCUUGAGAACACUCCAUCUUCAUCAUUGGGGAACAGUGCUGAGGAAAAUCGAGGACAUGAUCCUGUAUCUCAGGAGAUUGCUGACGAGUCUCCCACUAGUAUUCUUGAGAUGAUGACUUCCUUUGCAGUCCCUGAGGGUGUGCUGAUAUCACCACUUCAUGAAAGUCUGCUUUGCCUGAUAGGAAAGGAUUCUAAAGGCCAGGAACCUGUGCCUUCCCUUAGGAGCAGACAAGAACAUUCUGCCUUGUUAUUGGAUGAUACUUUUGCCAAUAUGUGUGAUGGGAAACUGUCAACAGAGAAGAAAACAAAAUUAAUGGGAAUGAGUGGAAGACCUUUAGCAUUAAAGCAUAUGACUGAUAUGAAGUAUGAGAGUAAUACAACCUCUCUUCCAAAGAAAGAAUUUGAAAUUGAGACCUCAGGGGGUAAGGAGAUAAAUGCUAAUUCCUACACUGUGAAAGGCACAGGGAAUGCACCUGAAGUCUUUGGGGAGGCUAAUAAGAAUGAGAUGCGGAAUAUAUUAAAUUCAUCCAACUUGUGGAUGGAGGAUUCAUUAGAGUCAAUAUCUGGUCAGGACAGUGGUGGGAGUCAGAAGAAUGGUAAAAGUGAUUCACUGGAUUGGGAACGGGGAGGGGUAUGUUCUCAGAAUGAUGUUUCACAUUACCAUAUGCAUAUUGGCAGGUGUAAAGACAACAAAGCUACUGCCCCUUCAAAAUCUCAUUCAGACAGAUCCAAAUCUAAUGAAGGUGUGAUAGCUCCUCGAAAACGAAAGGUUGAUAAGAAACUUCCAAAUAAUGCACAAGAUAAAACUGAUGACAAUGGCGUGAAAACUAAUCCAUCCAUUGAAGUUAAAAGGUCAAAUGGCAACCAGAGAAGAGGAAAAGUUGUUGCUCUUUCAGUAAAGGAAAGCUCGAGGAAUGGUACUGGUGUGGCACCAAAAGAUAUAUCUGCUACUUACAAUGCUUCUACAUGCAAAACUAGGAUGCAGAAAUUGAAAUCGGGAAAAGAUAUUAAUAAGUACAAAAAAUUUUGUUAUGAUUUUGCAAAUGCAAAUUUGGGGAAGUCAAAGAAUCAAUUAGAGAGGCAGUCUGGCAGGAGGUCAAAGGACUCUGGCCCAAAUACUAUGGAAGUUGAACUCAAACACAAUGCAUUGUUGGAUAAAUCAUGGGAAAAUUCUAGUGGUAAAAAAGUUGCCAUUCAAGCAAUGCAUGGGUCAUUCAUCAACAAUGCUCCAUUUGCCAGUCCUUGUAACCUGGGAAGUACACAUGGUACUGAGAGUGUUGCAGCUGCCAUGACUCCUAUACUUAUAGAAGAGAACUGGGUCUGUUGUGACAGUUGUGAGAAGUGGCGGCUGCUGCCAAUGGGAACAAAGCCUGAACAAUUCCCAGAUGACUGGUUGUGUCGCAUGCUAAACUGGCUGCCUGGGAUGAAUCGGUGUGAUAUCAGUGAGGAAGAGACAACAAAAGCUGUCAGAGCUUUGUACCAACCUCCGGUUAUUGAGGGUCAAAAUAUCAUUCAAAAUUAUGGUAAUGAAACUGCUUCAGCAACAACUUUAGCUCAUGGCAGACAGCAUGACCAGAACCACAGGAGCCUCAGUUCUUCUGUUUCAAUUUGUGGAAAGAAAAAUAAUGGCUUGAAGGAAACAUCUAAAGCAGAUAGCAGUGGUGGGAUUCAGACAUCUAAGUCCACCAAGAAUGAACUGCAGGGUUUUGUGAAAAGUAGAAGUAUAAAUGACAUGAACCAUCCUCUUCCAGAAUCAAAGAUUAUGAAGAAACCUAGUUCUCUCCAUUUCAAUUUGUCAUGCAACUCUAAUGCAGGGAAAGAAAAAUUAAAAUCAAAAGAAAAACAAGUGAAUGGAGGUGAUGCCAAGCAGUUAAAAAUAAAAAACAAGAGGAAUGUUGAUCAACAUGAUUAUGCAACUUCGAAGAAAGCUAAGAUAGAAGAUGUGUGUGCAACUGACAAACUUAAGUAUUCUGAUGUGGACAUUGGGAGGGUGGAUCACCAGACAAAUGCUGGUUUGCAAACUAAGGCAGGUAGGAAGAAAAUGCUGGAACAUGGGUUCUCUUAUUUAGAGGAGGUGAAGGGUGAUAUGAAGGGCAAAUUACUUCUUUCUAGGAAGAAAUUGGGAGAUCAAGCUGAUGCCUCAUUGGAUGGUGGAUCCUUGGAUAUGAAAACACAAGACAUAAGAGAUAAUACCAAGAAGAAAAGAAAGCGGCUGGAUAAUCUUAAUGGGCUUGAUAGUAAGGAAUAUUCAAAGGCAGAAAGCAGUGAAAGUGGGUUCGGGUGGGAAAAGAAAACUGGGGUUCAAAAGAAUGAGGGGCAGAACUCCAGUGCAAAUAAACGUGCUGGUCAUAAAUCUAACAGUAGGCCGACACCUUUCAUGUCAAAUAACAAUUAUCUUUUCAAUGGUAGGGAAAAUGGUAGAAGUGUUGAUAAGGACCAGCAACUCCAGAAACCCAGAAUAAAACCUGCAUCUCAACACGAUUUGGAUAACUUAGAUUUAAUGAGAAGGGUUUUUGGAUCUGGAGAAGUUUCUGAGGCAACAACUUCAAGCUCUUCAAAGGUUACAGGUUCUCAUAAAAACAAAGCAAACUUUGAAGAAGUCAAAUGCUCACCUGUCGAAUCAGUGUCCUCAUCUCCAUUGAAGACAUUCUGUCCGGAUAAACUGACAUCAAUGGCAGAGGAAAUUUUUGGGAAAGGUGGUGGUGGAAGUAAUCAUCUUACUGUUGACAGCAAUCCUGGAAGUUGCUGGAAUGGGGAAGGUGUUGGUGAGAUUAAUCAGUCUUUUUUGAAUAAGAGUGUGAAGUAUGAAUCCGACAAUGACAGUCCUAACCAUGCAGCAUGCCAGGAAAUAAGAAAUGAAGAUAAACACAGAAUUCCUGAGAUGUCUAGGUCUAAGUUUUCUGAGGAUGAGAAGAUUCUCGGUAGCUGGAGGGAUCUUGAAGGGCAAUUACCAAGUGAUGUUAAAAUAAAAAAGCAUGUUGUAGUUAAGGAAAAUCAUGACUCAAAUUUGAAAUUGUAUGCUAGUACCAAUAGAAAAGUUGCCUCCCUGCAAAACUUGAUACUGGAAUAUGAGGCUGAAAAGAAGGUUAAUCAUUUACAAAGAGAGGAAAGAAAUGGGAUAUUGAAGUUGGUCUCACAUUGUCAAAGUAAAGAUGGACAGAAAAUGGGGAGUCACCAAUCAGUGCCAGGAUCCCGAAGGGAAGGGGUGUUUGAUGAAAUUCCAGUUGGUUCUUGCAAAGAUAAUGUGUCAAAAGCUUCAAAUCAUCCAGGAAUGGUGGGUAACAGAAAUGGAGCUCGGUGCAGUCCAAGUCGUAGAACCAUGAAGUCCUCCAGCCAGAAUGCUACUAUUGCUCUGAAAGAAGCCAAAGAACUCAGAGACUAUGCAGAUCGCCUUAAGAGCUCUGGCUUUGAUUUUGAAAGUAAUGAGGCGUACUUUCAAGCUGCCCUACAGUUUCUUCACGGGGCUUUUCUUCUAGAAACUUUCACUAAUGAGAGUGGCAAAAAUGGGGAGUUGACUCCAAUACAAGUGUACAACACUGCAGCUAAACUUUAUGAAUCUUGUGCCCAUGAAUAUGAAAGAUGUCAAGAGAUGGCUGCUGCUGCUUUAGCCUAUAAAUGCAUUGAGGUUGCAUAUAUGAGGGUAGUUUACUGCAAACAUUCAAGUGUAAGUAGGGAUCGGAAUGAGUUGCAAGCAACUUUACACAUUGCUUCUCAAGGUGAAUCUCCAUCCUCCUCUGCAUCAGAUGUUGAUAACUUAAAUAAUCAAGUGGCAGCUGAUAAGGCUACUUCAUCCAAGGGUGCUCCUUAUAUUACCAGAAACCAUGUCAUAGUUGCUCGAAACCGCCCAAAUUUUAUUCAUUUGCUUGACUUUACACAGGAUGUAAAUUUUGCUCUGGAAGCCUCAAAGAAAUGCCAGAAUGCUUUUGCAGCAGUUAAUGUAACCCUUGAAGAGGCUCAAAAUACAGAGCAUACUGCUACUAUUAGGAGGGCGAUUGAUUUUAGCUUCCAGGAUGUGGAUGGACUUAUUCGUCUAGUUCGGCUUGCGAUGGAGGCCAUAAGCCGUUCUGGUUUUGGUAGUGCUAGGGAUUAACUGACACUGUAGAUAUUGUGUUUGGUUUAUAUUUCACCACUGGGUAAGGCAUCAAGUAAAGAAACUGGAAAGAAGGUGUCUGCCUGGAUUAUCUACAAAGAAGUGGCCACUGACAACUCUUCUUUGUACAUGUGUAUAAAGUGAGAUUGAUUAGCAAUUUUGUACAUUAUUUUUCAGCUUGUUCUUUAGAUGGAUAAGAGCACACAACAUUUACACCAUUUAGGCCUUUUUUAUGGGUAGUGCAAGGAGGAUAGUAUAUUUUUUGGGGGCAAAUUGGGGGUUAUUUAGCAAGUUAGUACUACAUUUUUUGGCUCCAAACUUCUUUUGUAGCUGAGCAAGCAAAAUUAUUUAUAGAGAUCAAAAUCAUGAGGCAACCGUUUUGAGGAGAUUGAAUACUGUUAUAGGGAUAUGACCAUCCAAUUUUCUAGCAGCAGCUUUCAGUUUUCUAACUGUAAUGAAAGAUUUAGUUGGGCAGAAAAUGGAAUUCUCUGGGAAGCUUCCCUGUA